UCACUCCUGCUCAACAUCGCCAACGACAACAUGACGUCAUCCAAGAAUCUGAUCACCCUCUUCGCCGUUCUGGCCGCCAUUUUCCUCGUGAUGGACCUGGCCGCCGCCCACUCCAGCAAACACCACCACCACCACCACCACAAGGUGGAGGCCUCCCACAAGCACAAACACGACCACAGCCACAGCCACAAGCACGAGCACCACCACCACGAGAGCAGCAGCAGCAGCAGUGGCAGCAGUGGUAGCAGCUCCAGCAGCUGUAGCUCUGAGAGCGAGGGCGGCGAGAAGGAGCUGCUCCUGGCUAUGCUUCUCCAGGCUCAAGCCGCCGCCGCCGCCGCUGGUUAACUCCCUUGAACAUAUAUUUACUAAUACGAAGAGACAACUUCAAUUUUAUCCCACUUGUUACCACAUCAUAAAAUUAUAUUUAUAUUGUUUCAUGUUGUUAUCAAUUUUCAUUAUAUGUUUUCAUUAGCGCAUCACAAGCUUAUACGUUGCU